UUGAAGCGGUUCGGACACUACACAAUAAGAUACGUUUGUGUUUUGGUCAUUUAAAUGUAUAAUAUUUAUUAAAAAUUAAAAUAUAUAUAAUGUACUUAUUAAAAGUGUUUUGUGGUGUACUAGUGCUGGUUUGUUUUGCCGACAAUGUACUUGCAACACGUCCCCCUGCGGCUAUUCAAGAUCCUACUCAGAUUCAUGCGGAAGAAAAAAAGUUAAGUGACUAUGUGUUGAGGGUUCUUGACCAUUACAAGCAAGAAGACCCUAUAGGAAUACCAGACGCUCCAAUUCCGGAUCCUUUAGAUAUACCUCCGUUACAAAGUUCUGUAUCGGUUUAUAACAUAAAAAUGUUCAACUCCAAACUAUAUGGAUUAAAAAACUUUAGAGUCGAGCAUAUUACGGCAAAUAUAGCCGAUAUGACAGGCGAGGCUGCACUGACCAUUGAAAAGUUGCACGUCAAAGGGAAUUAUACUUUAACUUCUUGGUUUUCUAGAGCUGAAGGUCCAUUCACAGUGGAUCUCAGCGAUGUUUUUGUGAUGGCAACCGCAAAUCUGGAAGUCGACAGACUUGGCCAGUUAGAAGCCCAAGACAUGAUUAUGGAUAUGUCAUUUAAAGACAUUUCUAUGGAUUUUAAAAAUUUGGGGGGGCUAGCCUCAUUUCUUCAAGGUGUAAUGAACUCCAUUGGCACGUUCGUAUUUAGUUCUAUAAAACCUUUUGUGUUGGGACAAGUUAGUAGUCAAAUGAGGGACGACGUCAAUAAGGAAGUAAAGAAGAUCCCUCAAAAAUUCCCAAAUUCAAUUUCUCCGUUUGAUCAGUUGAUCUCAGAGGCGAGGAAGAAGGUUAGAGCCAUGGGAUACGACCCCUACAAAGUGAAUGAUUACAACACAAGCGUUGGUGUGCUGGAUAUUUACAUGAGUCACACUUGGGUGUAUGGAAUAUCGUCGUUUUAUAGAACCAAGGAUAUUAUUCUUGAAAUCAGGAAUAAUACACUUCACGCCCUUGUGGAAGUUGGAACGCAGAAGAUGCUGGGCACAAGCCAUUGGAAUUUUAAUUUGGUUGCUGGAAUGAUGACUCGGAGUGGAACCAUUGAAUUUAGUGUAGACUAUUUGAAGGUUACUCUGAACGCCAGUCAGACUUUGGACACUAGAAACUCUCCAAAUUUGGAUGACAUACAAAUUGAACUAGGCAAUAUUCAGGUCAGAUUUGAUGGUUUGGGAACAACGGAUUAUUUAGUAGAACUCGGAAUAAACGUCCUGCCAAAUCUGCUAAGAUAUCAAAUAAUGGAUGCCCUUGAAAAGCCAGUCAAGUUAAGAAUUCAGGAAGUGUUAAAAACUGUCAAUGUCGAGAAUGUUAUUAAAGAAAACAGGGAUAAAAUAGAUACGGAAGGAUUCAAUGAACUGUUUUAAAUAAAAUACUUUUUACUUAAGUAAAUUUAUUUAUAAAUAUAUUUAUUAUUUGUAUUACAAUUAACAUUAAAAUAAAAAUAUAUAUAAUAUAUACAUAGUACCGAAAAGUAUUCGUGUUAUUAUUUUGGUUUUGAAAGACAUGUCACAAUUGUUAUUCAAAUAAAUUCAAAACAUUACA